AUGGAUUCUUUGAUAAAGGUUCAGAUUAACUCUAACAAAACAAUAAGUAAGGCCAGAAGUAACUUUAAAAAGUCACCCAAAGAUCGUUUGACUGUAUCAUACAUAGAAACGCGGCUUGAAGCUUUAGAAUCACAGUGGUCUUCAUUUGUAGAUAUUCAUAAUAAACUUAUAGCUAAUUAUGAUGAGGAGGAAUUAGAAAUUAGCAGUUAUUCAGAUUGGACUAGCUUCAGAGAUCUGUUUAUGUCUCUUGUACACACUAAUAGUGCAUUGGAUAAUGUACAAAAAUUACAUUAUUUAAAAACCCAUCUAUCAGGAGAAGCUGAACAACUAUUAAGACAUGUUCCUGUAACUAGUGAUAAUUAUCUUGUUUGUUGGAAUCAGUUGGAAGCUAGGUACAAUAAUAAACGAUAUAUUGCAAAUUCAAUCUUAAAAAGAUUUAUGAGUCAAAAGAACAUUACAUAUGAGUCAUCAAAUACAUUAAAGGAACUAUUAGAUACAAGUAAUGAAUGUAUAAAUGCUUUAACUAAUUUAGGCCUUCAAACUGAAACUUGGGAUAUUAUUAUAAUUCAUAUUUUGUCUCUUAAGUUGGAUACAGAAUCUCGAAAAUUGUGGGAAUCGAGAUUAAGCGAUAGUACUGAAUCUUUACCAACUUAUAAACAAUUUUCUGAGUUUUUAAAUCAAAGAUUUAGAUCACUUGAAUUUUUGGAUACUAGGUUAACUAAAAGUAUUAUUAAAACAAAAGCGCUGCAUGUUACUGAAAUAAUGAAAUGUCCAUUUUGCUCAGAUAAUCACAGAUUAUCUAAUUGUAAGAAAUUUGUAAAGGAAGAGCCAGAAGCACGUCGUAGUUUCGUGCAAACUCAGGGAUUUUGCUUUAAUUGUUUUGGCUCUAACCAUUCUGUAUAUUCGUGUCGUGUACCAUCCAAGUGUAAAAUUUGUCAAAGAAAACACCAUUCGUUGCUACACAUGAAUUCUAUGUCUAAAACAAGAGACAGUGUCAAUCCACAGAAUUCACCAGGAGAAGAAGAACAAAAUAUUGUUAAACCAGAAAUUAUAGAAGAAGAUGAAACAACCGAACGUAUUACCACAUGCCACAUCAAUAUGCAAGGCCACAUUUUACUGCCUACUGCAUUAGUGGGGGCAAUGACAAAAUCAGGUACAUAUCUAACACUACGGUCAUUAUUGGACCAAGGAUCGCAGGCUUCGUUCAUAACGGAGUCAGCAGUUCAACUUCUUGGACUGCAGAAGAAAGCAAGUAAAAGUUAUGUAUCUGGAUUAGGAAGUGAUCGGGAUUCCGUUGUGACCUCACAAUGUGUGGUCAAUAUUAACAUACAAUCACUAAUUAAUCCAAAAUUUGUUACGCAGGUCAAAGCCCAUGUUUUGAAAGAAAUUACCACAUUGCUGCCGGAUAAGGAAGUUCCUGUGCAGAGGUGGUCAAGUAUACCAGAUGUAAGGUUAGCAGAUCCUACUUAUAAUAUGCCUAAUAAGAUUGAUAUACUUCUAGGCUCAGAUGUAUAUUAUCAAGUUAUUCAAGAAGGUUUAAUUAGAUGCGGACCAGAUAUGCCAGUGGCCCAAAAUACUAAACUGGGAUGGAUAUUAUCUGGUAAGAAGUUCAUGGUGGGCGGGGUGAUGGACAUUCUGUCCAUGGUGGGCGGUAUGUUUAAUCGUCUUUGGUAA